AUGCAAGACUUGUUGUCCACCACCUCCUCCCGUAGCAACCGGUUUCCGCCAUCGUCGGCUCACAGUGUCAUCGAGAUGGCAGGCUGCGACGACGACGAUGGACCAACGAGCCUGGCCACGUACUUCGGCAACGUCGAAGCAAUAACGGAAGAGCUGAACAAGGUGGAGCGGUUGAAGCAGAAUCUGAAGAGGUCUCACGAACAAGGCAAGACCCUUCACAAUGGUAAAGCCGUGAAGGACCAUCGCUUCGCCAUGGAAGCUGACGUGGCACUCGCUCUGGAGACCGCGAAGCUCAUCAUGUUCAAGUUGGAGACGCUUGAACGCGCCAACGCAGACCACCGGAGCCUCCCCGGUUGUGGACCCGGUUCGUCCUCCGACCGGUCCCGAACAUCCGUGGUGUUCUCCCUGAGGAAGAAGCUGAAGGACUCCUUGGACGGCUUCAAUGAACUCCGUCACCAGAUAAAUGUAGAACACCGUGAGACCGUCCAGCGCCAAUACUUCACGGUCACGGGCAAAAAUCCCGACGACGAAACCCUGGACCUCUUGAUCUCUUCCGGUGAGAGUGAGAAUUUAGUAGAAAGAGCGAUUGAGGAGGGUAGAGGAAGAAUUGAGGAGACUAUUAAGGAAAUAAAAGAGAGGCAUAGUGGGAUGAAAGAGUUAGAGAGGAAUCUGAAGGAGUUGCACCAGGUGUUCCUUGACAUGGGAGUGCUUGUUCAAUCUCAAGGUGAGCAAUUGGAUGACAUAGAAAGGCAGGUGGCAAGAACAAACUCCUUCGUCAGGAAUGGGACUCAGAAUCUGGAAACUGCAAGGAAGGAGCAAAAAAAACACCAUAAAUGGGGCUACUGUGCUAUUAUCCUUCUUCUUGCAAUUGUGUUGUUCGUCGUGCUCUACUUUGUCAGACCAUGGCGAAAGUAA